AGAAAGAGAGAGCGAGAGAGCGAGAGAGAGAGAGAGAGAGACAGAGAUAGCAGCAGAUGGAUUGCUGCAGACUGACGAAGGGUGGACUGUAUGUGUGACAGUGUGAGUGUGUGGAUAACAGAGAAGUGUGUGUGUGUGUGUAUAGGAUCAUGGCUGUGAAUGAGUGAGUGUCUUUCAUGUGCUCUGGUACUGGAUGCAGAGUAUCCUCCUGAGGAAAAAGGACACAGAGUGAACAGGAGGCUGAACACGCUCCACACUUCAGCUGCUUUCAGUGCAGGUGCAAGCUCAGCAAACUGUAGUGAGACUAGAAGGAGUUUCUCCAUAGAUGCUGGAGACUGUAGCAGGACACCUUGGUCCCAUCUUGUUUUUACUUUUGCCUGAGAGGACAAGUUUGUCUUCAUCAGCAGCCAGGACUGUUUGCGGUUUGCACCUUUGGGAGCACGAGAAGACGCCAUAGAGAAGAUUCUCUAUGAUGAAGAUGAGUCUGGACCCGGUGCAGGUGAUCAGCGGACAGGUCAAGGAGCUCAGAGUUGCCCCCUCGUCCAACGGGGACAGCAGAGGAUCAUGGGAGGAGAAGGAAGCGUUUGAACAGGAUAACUUGGGCCUCAGCACCAAGCCAAAACCAGUGACAGGGAGACGAGCCCGGAAGGUGGAGGGAGGCGUGUUCUUCCCGAAGCCAGAGAACGCAGUGACUAUUGCUGUCUCCUCUCGCGUCAUGUUUCGGACUGAGCGCGAGCAGAAGGUGUUUGAGCAGAAAGGAGUGGAGGAGUAUCUGAGAUACCAGAUCGAGCACGAGAACGAGCCCUUCGCCCCUGGGCCUGCUCUCCCAUUUGUCAAAGCUCUGGAGACAGUCAACGCUCGUCUGCGGGAGCUUUACCCACAAAGUGAAGAACUGUUCGACAUUGUUUUGGUGACAUACAACCACGCGCACGUAGGAAUUCGACUCAUCAACACAAUCAACCAUCACAACCUGUUCAUCGAGAGGUUUUGUAUGACGGGGGGAAGCAGUCCUAUCGGCUACCUGAAGGCCUGGCAGACCAACCUCUACCUGUCCGCUGACGCCGACAAGGUCAGGGAGGCACUGGCUGAAGGCAUCGCAGCAGCCACCAUGUUCAUGCCAGGGAAGCUGACGGAGGUAUCGGAGUCCCAGCUGAGGGUGGCGUUUGACGGGGACGCCGUCCUCUUCUCUGAUGAGUCAGAGCGCAUCUUCAAGGCCCACGGGCUGGACAAGUUCUUCGAACACGAGAGGGAGAAUGAGGACACGCUGUUGGAUCAUGGUCCCCUGAAGGGCUUUCUGGAGGCACUGGGGAAGCUCCAAAAAAAGUUUUACGCCAAAGGCCAACGCAUGUCCUGCCCCAUCCGGACCUACCUGGUGACGGCUCGCAGCGCGGCCAGCUCUGGGAUUCGGGCGCUGAAGACGCUCCGGGCGUGGGGCCUGGAGAUCGACGAGGCCCUGUUUCUGGCGGGAGCGCCGAAGGGCCCGAUGCUGGAGAAGAUCAGGCCUCACAUCUACUUCGACGAUCAGAUGUUUCACGUGGAGGGAGCGGCAGAGAUGGGCACCGUCGCUGCCCACGUGCCCUACGGCAUUGCACAGAAACACAACGCCAAACAGAAACCCGGUGUGGGGAAGUAGACAGCAGGACUUCAGGAUUCAGCUGGAAACGGAACAAGAGAAGAAGGAUUGAGUGGAGGACGUCUGGAGAGGUCGGAAAGAUGAACUUUUACUGUAAUAUUGUAUGUGGAAAUGUAUCAUUUCCACAUUGUAGGAAUUGUAUUUUAAGUGUCUUUUAUCACUGUGGAAACUGUUUUAGCGUAUAAUCUUAGUCCAGGUAGAGGUCUGGUACCUGAUGUGACAUUUUUAAGUGUUUUGUGUGAACUUGAUUCAUAUGCAGGGGUGCAUAUAACUUUUUUGGUCGGGUUCACGAGAGAUCAGCAGAGAGAUGUUGCUUGGUGCCGACAUUUUAAAGUGGAACUAUGACCCUACAAGCUCCUGACUGCUGUGUUCAUGUGAUGACCAGAAACUCAAAAUCUGAUUCAGCUGGGAUCACACCAAACAAUGGAAGUAAAAUUAAACCUAUCAAAAGGUGCUUAACCCCCAAGGGAAUACUUGGAAAAUAGAUAAAUGGCUGAAAAGCUAGUCUAAAGGUGGAAUAAAGACAAACUGGCAACAGGCCUUCUGCUGUCUCCCUGAUUAUGGUCAAACAUUUUCUACAAGUGGCAAAAAGGUGAGAGUCCGACAGGCAGGAUCUGCACUUGUAACUUUGUGUCUUGGACUACAAACAGACUUCCUGAAUGUUGGAGGAACAAUCUGAAUUUGCUGGUUUUCACUAUGUUGGCCAAGUCCUACACAGAAGAGGCUGCAAAACGUUUCCUGAUUCCUGAUUUAAACGCAUCCAGUCACUGACAGUGGAGUCUCUGUCAGCAGAAAAGCUGGCCUCGGGUUCCUGAAGGAUGAAAUGUUGAGUUGCUAAAAUCUGUGGAGGUCUAGCCUUUUACUUUUGAGGGAUAAAAAUAAAAAAUGUAUCAGAUUAAUUAAUGCAUUUAAUUUGCAUAGCCUUAUUCACAAAUCACAAGUUUUUCUCAUAGGGCUUAACAAGGUGGAACAUCCUCUGCCUUCAACCCUAGGGUGAGGAAAAACUACCGCAAAAAACGUUUUGACAGGGAAAAAAAAAAGAGGGAGUUACAAGUGAGGGAUCCCUUUCUCCGAAUGGACAGAAGUGCAACAGAUGUCAUGUGUAACAGAGCACUUCAACAAAAACAACCAUAUUUACAACACUCGUUGGGAAAAAAAAUUGUUGAGCAUAAUUAGAGAGGUAUCAAUGUAAAAAGUAUUUAUACAAAGGAAAAGUCUGACAGCUGAAAGGAGCAGCACUGACAAGUGUAAUGAUAGAGGUACUGUCAGUAAUGGUAGUACAUGUCAGUAGUCAUAUUGUAUAUCUAAGCAAUCUAGCUAGUAAUCAUAAUCCAUGAUCAGAUGACAGACCUGCAACGUUGAAGCACAAGGACUCCGGGGAAGAAGUCAAGUCAAUAAUGAAAGGAUUCAUAUCUAAUUUUAAGCUCAUGAAUUGGUCCUCUCAGUUGACCAGCCUUGUCCCUGUCAGCUGCAUUGUUUUUCCUGUACUUGUGUCAUCCAGUGGGAACCAUCAGCUCAUCUUUGCUGGGAGCAGAAGAGGGAGACCAUAUUAAAUCUUUCCCAGUUCCACAAAGGCAUGUUCUGUUAAUGCUCCAGUUAUGUGCCCCCCUGAAUAUGUCUUCACAGGAUUUUCAAAGGUGCUUGAUUGCCAUGGCAACCUGAACGUCUUUCUCUCACUACCGCAUGCAUUCAUGAAGAAGAAGCCCCUUCAGCUGGAGGAUACAGAGUGAAUGGAUUCGCUUUUUAGGUAAAGCACAGACCCGACUCUGUCAGUGAAUGGGCCAUAAGCACAACACAGAGACACCAUAAGGUGUGAUGUGCAUGAGAGUAACUCACAGUUUAUGUGUAAUUCAUUUCAGAUUGACUUCAUGAGAAUGUGACAUGGUUUGCUACUAUGCAAAAUGUAUUUUAACGUAUAUUACCGCAGAUAGAGAUAUGAUUUACCAUUGUGUUUGUCCAAAACAAACACAGGAAGCCAUACAUUUCAGUUGGGGCCUUAGUUUCAAGUGAGACACGAGAUUUGAACCAGACCUGGUCGGUGCAGCACUUGAACUGUGGGAUGCACCAAAACUCAGCGCAGAAAUUAAUGGUCACCACAAUGAAACCUCCAAAAUCCAUGAUUGAUUUCCAUCACCAUUAAGGUUAGUUUCCUCAAAGGCCACCGGAGCCUGUACACCAGAGGUCAAUACAGGACACAGCAGCCUGAUCAAGGUGGAGUGAAUUCUGAUAAUUCUGUUCUGAAAUGGAAUGAAAUGUUUGAUAAGAACCGGCUCAGGCCAAAAUGGAAGGUGACAACCCCAGUAUCAAAUGUAUGGAGUAGACUGUGUAUAUACAGUAGGGGGGGGGGAACAGGGUAAGAUGAGCCACUUUUUGCAUUUGGUGAUUUUACUGCAAAACAGAAGUGUAUUUGUUUCAAACAACAGUUACUAUGAAUACCUCAGGUUGUUGUGUACCCAUGGGAAUUAAAACAAGUUAUCUAAUUAUUACGGUUUCAGAACAAUGAACCAUCAACCUUUGGCACAACUAGCUCCAAGGUGGGGGUAAAAUGAUCAUAGCGAUGGGGUAAACUGAGCCCUCUAUGGGUAAAUGGUGCCACUAUUAAAAAAUGACACAAAAUCAAACAAUUUUGAGAUCAUUUUCAACUUUGAUAUUGCCAUCAAUUUAACAAAGGGAAAAAUGUUUACUUAAAGUUAAACCAUAUAUUUGUUUACUGUUGUUCAACGUGUUGCUCAAACAUUUGAGCGACGGAUUAAACUUAGAUCUUUGUGUGUAAGAAAGAAUGUAUGUGUACAUGUACUUUUGUGUAUGUGCAGCAUGUUUGUACAUGAACAUUGUAACACUUGUAACAGUGAUCGAACAUCAACAUGAACUUGUAAAAGUGACACAGAAAGAGUUAGUGUACGUAUAUGUAUGCAUGUCUAUGUGUCUAUGUGUCUAUGUGUGUGUGUGUGUGUGUGUGUAUGAACGCAGUGAACAAUGACUGACCAUUGGUUCAAUUUACCCCCACAUCACUGGCUCGUUUUACCCCACAACCACCAAUUUAACAAAACUGUUUCACACAGCAGCCCAGAUCAACAGUUAUGUUAACUUAAUAUCCUUGUUUUGUAUCUUACAUUGACUAAAUGUCAUAUACAUCUAUAUAAAUGUAUAUACAAGACUGAUAACAUGAUGAUGUCACUUUGCAUGACAAAAAUCUGUUUUUUGCACUGGUUUGUCUACCACUCUCUCCAUGUGCUUGACUCAAAGAUGGACUACACUUCCUUCAUUUGUGGUCACAUGAUUACUUUUUUCAUGGUGACCUAGAUACAGGGGGUGGCUCAUCUUACCCACUGGCUCGUCUUCUCCCCUACUUUUACAGCCAAUCGGUGGGGCAACCUGGGAGUUCAGGGCCUUGCCCAAAGACACUUCGGCAUACGGACUGGAAGAGCUGGGGUUUCGAACCUCCGACCCUCUGGUGGACAACCCGCUGUAUCUCCUGAGCCACAGUUGCCCCUUACUGUCCAGGGGCCUUUAGCAUGGUUUGCCUUGUAUGAAAAUCAACUAAGAAGGGAAUUAAAGCCUGUGUGAAAGGAGUUAUGAUCCAUUAAAUGUGCAUGAAGCAUC